UUGCCCCUGCGCUGACGCUUAGCAUCCUCGCGGUCAACGGCGCACCUGUUCCUGCCACUGAGCGCCCUGCAGUUGGCUCGCCUCGAAGGCUUGAUCCCAUUGAACCGAGGCCUCACAUCGAUGACUACAUGCGUCGCACGUCGGCGGCCUCGCUUCCCCAAGAGACUUCCCCGCCUGCGUCCCCCCUCCAGCCACUAGCACCGAAGGAUGACCUGGAAUACACUGCCUCCAGACCAGAGGACGAAUCUGUUCAGCCCAAGGAACGUGGAUGCCGGUACUUUCUGUGUCUGUAAACACCUGUCAAAGGAGGCUCUAUCUUCUCACGUCGUCACCUAAGCUACUGCUUUCCAGCGACUGAUUUCAAGACUAACUGGACCGGUGGCCUUGAUUGUCUCACAUGCUGUUCCACAUGAUCACUCCGUUCCUCUGCCACAUCUGGCACAGGAUGCCUCUGGACCAUUUCUUGAAUACACAAUCCUCCGUUCCUUUUUUCGUUUCUUCUCGAUCAUCGCAUAGACUCGUAUUCUUUGCACUCAAUACCAACCGCUACUGCUUGAACAGUCUCAAGUCUUGCCUGGCCGAGAGCUCUCUAGGACUGAGUGUGUUUUAGCGUGUUGAUCGUCACCGUACACUCCAUAGACUCAAUGUCCAGCAAAUAGAUACCAUUUGG